GUUCCCUCAACAGCCGGUUUUCAGACCGAGGGAAUGAUAAAAGGAACCACUAGUUUCUAGGCUGAAGGUCCUAGUUAAAGCCCUUAUCGGUGAAUAAGGUAGGUAUUUUCUUCAGUUUUAGUUUUUUUAAAUUAGGGGAACUAAACCUUUAGAGAAUCCUAAAGACCUUUAUCGGAAAUAAAGGCCCCUCUUAAAGGAGUAAGAGGCAGAGCGACCACAAAGCUGAUUUGUUGGAUUCUGCGAAGACGUUUGCAGUCUAAAGAGGAUAUCCCACCCAAUUCAGGAAGAAUGGGUCUACGUGGUUCCAGAACGCAAUCUCCUCCUCAGGGUGAAUUGUUUGACUAUUUGAUAAUGAAAUAUACAUAUAAAAAAAGAGCUUGGUGUGAAUGAAUGUGUGGAAUGAUUUUAAAUGUGGAAUUUUCCCUGCAAAGUGAAUUAGAAGCAGAGGAAAACAAAUAAGGAAUGAAAACGCUGAACAUAAAUAUUUAGUGGAUAAAUUACUGGCCUUCAUAUUUAAAACAAAAUUUGUUUUGUUUGUUUUUUUCUCUCUUUGAAUAAAAAUGAUUUUAUUUCUUAAAAGUAUCAAUCAAACUUAUUUAUAAGGGACCCUUUCUUACUAAAGGCAUACUGGAUGGAGAUUAAAUGACUAAAACUAUAUGAUCAUACAAAAGGUUAAAAUAUGAUUCAUAAAUACAUACUGUAUGAAUAUGGAAAAGACGGAAAAUAACAACAAACAUUUCUUGCUUUUGUACGUCAAAAGGCUCCCCAACCAAAGAACUAUUGCUGGUCCACUGGCGAGUGGCCGAAGUGGGGAGUGAAGACUGAAAUAAAUAUUUAAAAAAGUUCCUGAGAGAGAAAGAAGAAAAACAAGGAUGUUCAUUAUUCAUUAUUCCAAUUACAGACAUUUGUGUUGGUUAUUUCUAAUAUUUUUUGUUGUUGUUGUUUGUUUUUCUUUAUAAAUGUUUUAAUGUUAUUUUUUCUCCUCCUUAAUUAGCUUUUGUAUUACGUUUUUAUUUUUUAUUGUUUCUUGGAUUUUUAUGUCUUCAAUCAUUGGUAUGGUACCUCCUAACUUUCCCUGGACAGAGCAUAUACAGGGCCGCCUCCCUGGCAAAGAGGGGUUGCAAGAUAAGUUUUCCUACCCAACACAGUGAAUAUAUUGUUAUGGAGUAGACAAGGUUACUGCCGGUAGGUUUUUCGUAUCUUGCGUAUAUGUUCCUUUUGUUACGUCUUCCAGGAUAGUGUUGUGUUAUGACUGAGGAGGGAAAUGUGUUGAUUAAUAUUAAAUAUUUUUAUAUAUAUUUAUAAUCAAAAGGGGGGAAAUGUCAUGGAAAAAUUACAAUAAGGUCACAUCUGCUAGUCAUGUCAUAUGAAAAGUUUAUGAACUCUCACCAAAAGAACUAUUUGGGUUUCAUGUAGAAGGUUGGAAGUUGUUUUCUACAGCUGCGUCAGAACCAGACUGUCUCUCCCUUUGUUAUUAAUUCUUUAUUGUUGGUAUAAAACUCAUGUGAGUUUUUCAUCCAGACCUGCUUCAUUACUGAUUGUCCUACAAGCUCUCUGUAUUGUGCACAAUAUAUGAAUAAAUCUGACUGAGUGAUUUUACCUGAACAGUGCUUGGAAAUAGUAUUUUUUCCAUGACACACGAGAGAGGAUGUGUAAAUUCUCCUAAAUGGCAUGAUAUUCAUAUUUCAAUGUCCCAUUGAAAGGAAAAAAAAACCGUGUACCAGGCUGGCUUUGAUCCCCACUCUCCUGGGUGGGAGUCUGGUGUCUUAACCACUCUGCCAUGAGAGAGGAUGCGUAAAUUCUCCCAAAUGGCAUGGUAUUUAUAUCUCAAUCUCCCCCUUAAAAGGGGAAAAAAGAUUCAUCAGAGCACAUGGGCUUUGCUGGGAGAGAUUGGUAAGUUGUUUUUAAAGAGAUAAAAUUGUUAAAAUUGGUUUGUUUAUUUAUUUAUCCAAAGAAAUGUAAUUAACUAAUUUGCCACAGCGGUCAGACCUGCAGCUUGUUAAGUGCACCAGCCAUACAGGAGCCAGAGGUCUGCCACUGUGGGUCACAUGACCUGAUGGCUCUUUGAUGGGCCAGGUGCAAGUCGUUAAGCUGCUGCACUCAUUUGGAGGGAGACUGCAGAGGAGCAGCACAUUGCAUUUUCAGAGCACGUUUUGAGAGGGAGUUUCACUCGACGACUGAAUACAGAAUGACACCGCCACAAAAGGCCCCUUCUUGCCCAAUAUGCGAAUUUGAUUUCACAUAUCUGGGCAAGCACCUGGCAUCCAAGCACGGUGUCCGCAAUAAGGUGGAGAAGAGGCUGCUAAUAAAUCACGCCAGCGGGCGUGUUAACUUCCGCCACCUUCCCUGCCCUGUCCCUGGAUGUGGGUUCUCAAAGACCCGGGUGGACCGGCACCUGGAGGUGGGCCACCCGGAGCUGGAUCGUGCCCAAGUCCAGGAAUUUGUCCGGGACAUAAAGAUGAAGGUGACGCUGGACGGCUUAAGGGCCCUCAGGGCCUCCAACCCCUCCCCGCCUGUCAUGUCUUCAUUGGACAUUGGCACAGAUGACCACGAGCAAGUCCAUGAAGUGGCUGAUGUGGUUGAGUCCUCCUGCUCUGACUGCCAGAAGCUCACAAAGGAGAAUAAGGAGCUACGGCAGCAGCUCAGAAUUAAGCAGAGGUGGGCCAAAAGGGCUAAGGCCAAGAUCAAGGCUCUGGAGGAGGCACUCCAAAAGGCAGGCGGGGGGCGAGAAUCCGGUGAUUCGGAUUUGCAUUGCGCCCAGGAGGAAACCCUCCCAGAGGAGGGACCUACACAGAAAAAGGCAGUAUCCGCUACUGUAAAUAAAGUUUUCAAGGAUUUCGCAGCUCCAAUCCUUGAGUUCAUGGAGGAGUACUGGGUGCACCUGAGGGGGUCCCGGGGGAGCAAGAAGCGCAAUGAGAACCAGCGCUCCACCUCCCCUGCGAAACGCAGAAAAACACGCCUAAUGUACUACAGGCUGCAAAAACGCAGCCUGAGGUACACGCCUCAAAGAAAUUGCCUGCGUCCCAGGAGCGCCAAAAAAAAAUAGUUAGUUAGUGUUGCAUUUGUUUUCUUCAUCCAGGUUUGCAGUUUUUGUUCAAUAUGUUUAUUUUGUUGUAUAUAGUUCAAUUGUUCCAUAAGUGUUAUUUGUGUUUUUUUUGGCAACCAUUUUUUGAAAACCAUGUUUUCUUUUCAUUUAUAUUUUAAAAUGAUGUAAUUUGUGUAGGUCUGUCAAAAAAAAUACCAAUAAAUUUCACUAAAGCUGGUGGUUGUAAUGUGGCAAAAUGUGAGAAAGUUUCUUUAAGUCACUGUAUGUUGGUGGGAUCCUACCAAUAGCAAGCCAGCACUCUCUCGGGGCUAAAGGUCAGGGGUUAGGGACACACAGUGGGAGUGGAGUGGAUUAGAGAGUAGAAAAUGACAGGGUUUCACACCCAUCGCCAU